UGUGUGUUCAAGGGGUGAUACUUAGCACUGGGGAGUAUCUUUGUGCUGCUAACUCUCCUGUACUCUUGAAAGCACAUAGUACAGCGUAAACAUCAAAUACCACUGAUGGAUUGAGUUUGUUCGGUUAGUAUGAGGUCUCUUCCUCUGUCAUAAUUGUGUUCAGGUUCUGCCCCCUCCUCCCCUUCUGUCCUCACUUGCUCUAGAAUCCCAGGUGGUCACAGCAUCCUGGACAGCUUGGGCUGAAAUUGUGGAUGGAGUGAAAGGCGUCUGGACCUGACAUUCCUCUCUGGGACUUCUUUCUCCCUCUCCUCUCCUUCAUCUUACGUAACUGUUCCCAGCAGUCAUGUCCACCCGGAGGCUGCGGAACGAGGACUACAACGACUACAGCUCAACGGAGAUCAGCCCCUCGGAGAGCCCCUCGGACGGCCUCAGCAACUUUUCCUCCCCGGGCUCCUACCAGCGCUUUGGGGAAGCCGACGGGACAACAUGGUUCCAGACGCUGAUCCACCUGCUGAAAGGCAACAUCGGCACGGGGCUGUUGGGGCUGCCCCUGGCUGUAAAGAAUGCUGGUUUACUGAUGGGUCCUGUCAGCCUGCUGGUCAUGGGCAUAGUUGCUGUGCACUGUAUGGGCAUCCUGGUGAAAUGCGCUCAUCACUUCUGCCACCGACUGCAGCGGCCCUUUGUGGACUAUGGGGACGCGGUGAUGUUUGGGCUGGAAGCCAGCCCCAAUUCUUGGCUGCGGACUCAUUCCAUGUGGGGAAGGCAGGUUGUGGGCUUUUUUCUGAUCGUCACCCAGUUGGGGUUCUGCUGCGUCUACUUUGUGUUCCUGGCAGACAAUAUCAAACAGGUGGUGGAAGCGGCUAACGGGACCACCAACAACUGCCACAACAACGAGACAGUGGUGCUGACUCCUUCCAUGGACUCCCGGCUGUACAUGCUCGCCUUCCUGCCCUUCCUCGUGCUGCUUGUGUUUAUCCGCAAUCUCAAAGUCCUCUCCAUCUUCUCCAUGCUGGCCAACGUCAGUAUGCUGGGCAGUUUGAUCAUGAUCUACCAGUACAUCGUCCAGGGCAUUCCAGAUCCCAGCAUCCUGCCCCUCGUUGCGAGUUGGAAGACGUACCCUCUGUUUUUUGGCACAGCUAUCUUCGCCUUUGAAGGCAUCGGUGUGGUCCUCCCUCUUGAAAACAAAAUGAAGAAUCCACAGCGUUUCCCAGUGAUUCUAUACGUUGGCAUGUGCAUAGUCACCAUCCUUUACAUCAGCCUGGGGGUCCUGGGAUACCUGCGCUUUGGGGCCGCCAUCCAAGCAAGCAUCACGCUCAACCUGCCCAAUUGCUGGUUAUACCAGUCUGUCAAGCUGCUCUACUCCGUCGGGAUCUUCUUCACCUAUGCCCUGCAAUUCUACGUCCCCGCUGAGAUCAUCAUCCCCUUCACGGUCUCCCGGGUGCCGGAGCGCUGGGCCUUGGCCACGGACCUGGCAGUGCGCACGGGCAUAGUCUGCGUGACAUGUGUCUUGGCCAUCCUCAUCCCCCGGCUGGACCUGGUCAUCGCGCUGGUGGGCUCUGUGAGCAGCAGUGCCCUGGCUCUUAUCAUCCCGCCGCUCCUGGAGAUCACCACCUACUACUCGGAGGGCAUUAGCCCAGCCACCAUCCUCAAGGAUGUCCUGAUCAGCGUUCUGGGCUUUGUCGGGUUUGUGGUGGGGACUUACCAAGCCCUCUACGAGCUGAUCCAACCAAGUGCUCCCUCUACCCUCACCAAUUCCACUAGUGCCUUUGUAUAGUGAUCUCUUUUAACCACCCCCACCCCCUGCCCGCUUUCUCCCCAUUCUGUGGCUAUUGGUGUCAGUGUUACAGCACAGCUCACUCAUGAAUUUCCAACAUCUGUAUCUGAGGGAUUCUCCCCGGUGCCCCCCAACCCAGGCCUUCACCCCAACUCUGCCUAGGGGCAACAAGGGUGACUUUUUCCUCCGAGAGACGAGACAUUUUCUGAUUUCUGCCCCUCUUUUUUCCUUUUGGGAGCUUUUCUUCAUCCUCAGUGGCUUGUUAAGGUGAUCCAGGGUGAACUGUCAUGAGGUUUGAGCAAGCUAUCCAUUGGGUUUCCCAGCCUGACUCUACCUCCAACCUUGAAAAUCCCUCUCUGUUGGUACCUGUGGGGACCUGAGCGUUUGUUAGCACUUGGAAUGUGUUACUGAAGUGAUCCUGAGCUGGAAUAGUAGAUUUCUCCCCCUGAGAAGGUACUGGGAUCCUUGGUUGGAGAGGACACGGAGAAGAAACCCUUGCUCAGGAUUAAUACUAGGAGGCUCAGUUGAAAGGGAGCCCAGAAAAUGCCACCCAUCUCCUUCUGAAAAAAGGAAAAAAAACCCAUUCAGUCCUGUGAACUCCAAAUGCAGUUGGUGUGGGGUUGGGAACAACCCUGUGAUGAGGUAGUUGGUCGGGCUGUGGGGAGGGCGGUCUAGAUCAGAGGAAGGAGGAGGUUUUGGAAGAGUGUCCGGGUUUGGGGGUGGUUUUCUGUUUUGUUCUCAUCAGCCCCAGAUCUCAGUGGUGCCUGGUAUAAAGUGAGAGGGGAAGGUAGGCAUCGUUCAUUGGAGGGCAGCCAGCUCUGGGGUGGGUUAUGUCUCUUCCCCUCAUCUGUCCUUCUUUGUUCCCUCCCUCCAUUUUUCCCGGGCAGAAGUCCUUGCCCCUGGAUAAGGAGAAGCCAAGGGCCAUUUCUGACCAGGUAAUAGCAGAAAGAGCAUUUGAUUAGGACUGGGGGUUAACCCCGCCAGGUCUGAUGUUGCUUGUGGCAGCUACUUUCUGGUGAUUGUGUAUUGCAGAUUCAAAAAAGACUUACACGAGAAGUAGGACCCUUAGUACUGCAGAUCAGAGCCGCCUGAAUUGAAACUUUGACAGUCCUAACUAAUGAGACUGAGAGAAGAUGGACUCUACCUUGCCUUCCUUCUCUCUCUUCCCUCUCCUCUUGAUCACUCCCUUUUGGGGGUUACCGAACUGCCCUGACUCUCCCUCAGCCUCACCGCCAUCUACCUUCUCACUGAUGUAGCUGCCCCAUUACCCCAGGCUCACCAGAAAGUAGUUUCGGCAAGGAAUUGCAGCUCUUUCUGUAUUGCUUCAUUUUUGCUGUGGCCUCCCAGCGGGGGUCCCACCUGCUGUAAUCCCAUGGCCAGAGGGAAGAGAAUGGGGUGAGUUGUGCCGUGGGAGGAGGUGUUGGUGCUGCUGUGUUCGCCUCCCCUGCGCGCUGGGCCAGCGGAGCCAGCAUCAGCCCUGCUUGAGCCAUGUUUUGGAGAUGUUCGGGAGCCACCCCUUCCAAGUAGCAGGGGUGGAGGACUCGGGUUGCCCCAGAGGCUUGCCGUACGAACGGCGGGAUCAGGCUCGCGGCCUGGCACCCGGGGCUAUGACCCCUCCAUCCCUAGAAGCUGCCCAGGUUAUGGCUUCAAGUGGCACUGGCCUUGGGCCAAGGCAGUUCUGUUUAAGCUGUGGCCACAGAGGGAACGGGUCUUAAAGCCAUUGCCCCACUGUGCCUGGAGAGAGAUGUAAUGUACUUGCUUUUUUGGUUUUCCCAUUUCAUAGGCCCUUCCUCUUCCCCACUGCAAGCCAUCAAAGAAUUCCCUAUACGGAGGGGAGGUCCUAGUCUACUCGCUUAGAGUGGCCAGCCGGCUGGUCCGAUGGGGCCUGGAGCCGAGGGGCUGCAGAGACACAUGUGGGUUUUGGCCAAGAAUGAAAAGGUAAUGCAAGCUGAUGCUUGGAUUGUUCUAUUCAGACCUUGGUGUUUCUGUGGAAUGACAUUGAGGGAAGAGGUUUCAAAGACACGAACAGUCCAGCAGGGAUUCUGGGCUCUGAACCUUUCAGGGGAGGGAGUAGGGGAGGGGUGGAGUUGCUUAUCUAGCCAGCAGCCUUGCUCCAGUCCCCACUGGGAGCAUAUCUAGAAACACAGAGCAGAGUCCUCUCUUCAUGCCUGUGGGCAGAUACGCUUUGUGCUGCCCAGGCAGCUGUGACUCAUCUAGGGCUGCCAGGGGUUCAAGCCUGGCCCUGGGGGGCAAACCAGCUGAGAACUGGAGGCCUGACCUUUCCUUGUUACCAGGUGGUGCUGGCCACCAUCGUGAGCACUCGGGCUUGGAGUGCCUUACCCCAAGGCAAAAUCGAUUCCUGCUCUUUGUAGAGUCGCUGUAGAAUUUUCCUUGUGAAGUUUGUUGGGUUUGAAGAAGCUUGGGGGUUUCUGCUGCGGUUGCUGCUGCUUAGGCGCUCCUAAUUCAUUUGCUGCUUCCAGUGAGACCCUCUUUGUGAGCUGGCACUAAGGGCUUGGCUUGACUGGUGGCAGGAGGCUCACCCAGAGCCAAGGAGUGAAAGGAAAGUGGUGGGUGACUCUUCCCCUCCGCCAGCCAACAGGUAGUAGCAGGUACCAGCCCACAUGCAGCUGUCUUGCCUUUUCUGAGAACUGGCUUCUGGACCAGGCCCCGUUGCUCUUCUCAACUCCAGCAGGUCAUCCAUUUUUGGCUUAUGUGGUGUUUAGCAGGUAGUCCCUGGGCAGUUCUCACUACCAGCUGCUGGAGUAGAGCAGGGCUCCCUAUUCUCAACUGAAAUUGCCAAACCUUGCACUUGGGGUGAAGGGAAAGGAUUCUCUGGAGGUCCCUGGUUUCUUGCUCUCUCUGAUUAAUCUCAAAUCAGAGCUGGUGCCUUGGUGAUUUAUCCAUGCUCGAAUGGCAUUAUUAUAAUUUUAUUUUUAUUUAUUAGUGUCCAGCUAGAGCCUGCUGGGCAUGAAAGCCCUGCUUCACACGCACAGACCCUGCACAGAAGUGUUGAGUGAAGAUGCACUUUUUCCAGGGCAGAACUUGUAGCUUAACUGUUCUGAAACCUGACUUCACGUCUAGCAUAGGAUAUUUCUUAACACUGAAUCCCUCUUCCUUUUGGCCCCUCUUCCACACUCUUACAGCUUCCAGUCUGGAAACACCUCAUAAUUAUCCACCAUCUCAGUGGUAACAUUUGAAUGCACUGUGGAAGCCCUUUCAGCUUCCCUUCUGGAAACACCUCAUUAUUAUCCACCAUCUCAGGGGGUGAAGUUGAAUGCACUAGGGAAGCGGUCUCGUCUUCUUUCCUGUGCGCCCUUUCCUUCCCUUCCUCCGCCCCCACUGUCGGAUGAGAGUAGUUGUGUCUUUACCUUUUAACACUACAAAUUCACACUCAUCAAGUUCCCUUUGUGUCACAGUGAAAUGACUCAGUGAUUUACAGCUGUGAUUCCUACUUGACUUCUAGGAGAACACUCUUAAUGGGUAAUGUGGGGAACAGGGAUCACUACCAUUGUCCGAAUCUGGUCCCCUGCAGGCCUGGGGAGAAGGGAAGGCCCAGUGUGUUCAGAAACUGGGGAUUGAGAUGAGCUAAGAAGGCCUAAGGACUUUUAUGGGUGUGAACUGAGGUGUAGGUUACCAUAAACCCGAAGGGGUAAAAAGCAGUUUGGUGUGGCUAUGAAACAGACAGCCUUCCUGAAUUCUUCAUUCUUCAUAGGUGGUUUAAGGACUUGCGGGUAACCCAUCCCCCAUCAUUGGCUUCUGUGGUUCUCCAUCACCUUGGGUUCGAACAGCGUCUCUGGACCGGAGAGUCCCACAGACCAGAGCGAGCCCAGGGGUGGGAUGGGACCACAUGGCUUCCAUUUCAAAUUCUUGGUUAAAAAAAGAUAUCACGAUAAAAGACCUUGAGAGCCAAAGGGGGCAAUGGUUACCCUGAUUGAGUUUCAGUGAACCAAACGAUAAAUCAAGCAUGUACGUUUCAUUGCCAGUGCGGUCCUUUGGAGCCCCUUAGAUAAUGAGAGCAAGUGAUUGAGGUCAAGUAGUUACUCUCAAACCCAUUAAUAUCCUGCCGAGUGACAGAUCUCAGUAUCCACCAAGCUUUGUGUAUACAGAAGCCGUCAAUUCCGUACUUGUCUAUGCCUCUCUGUAUUUAUAUUGUGACCACACAGGGUGCGAUGAGACACUGUACCUGCAAAAGCUUGUGGAAGGUCUCAGAUCGAUUACGCACCUGGAUCGUGUCUUUGUUUUUCUUUUCAAUAAAUGAGGUAUAUUUUUUAUUUUGA